AUGUCAUUCCGCCCCGACUACUGGACUGCCUCCAAGGUCCGCGAGACCUUCAUCUCCUUCUUCCGCGACUCGCACGCACACACCUUCGUGCCAAGCUCAUCGACCAUCCCUCACGAUGACCCCACCCUCCUCUUCGCAAACGCUGGCAUGAACCAGUACAAACCAAUCUUCUUGGGAACCAUCGAUCCCAACUCCGAGUUCGGCAGGCUCACACGCGCAGUCAACUCUCAAAAGUGCAUUCGUGCCGGUGGAAAGCAUAACGAUCUCGAGGAUGUCGGGAAGGACACAUACCAUCACACCUACUUUGAGAUGUUGGGCAACUGGUCCUUUGGAGACUACUUCAAGAAAGAGGCAAUCGAUAUGGGAUGGAAGUUGUUGACCGAAGUCUAUGGUCUUCCCAAGGAUCGUCUCUACGUCACUUACUUUGGCGGUGAUGAGAAGCAGGGACUCCAGCCCGAUUUGGAGGCCAAGGAGCUCUGGCUCAAAGUCGGUGUUCCCGAGAACCGCAUCCUCCCCGGAAGCGCCAAGGACAACUUCUGGGAGAUGGGCGAACAGGGACCUUGCGGACCUUGCUCAGAAAUUCACUACGAUCGUAUCGGAGGUCGCGAUGUCGCUCACUUGGUAAACCAGGAUGAUCCCAACGUGCUUGAGGUCUGGAAUCUGGUCUUCAUGUCUUUCAACCGCGAGGCCGAUGGUUCCUUGCGCUCCCUCCCCAACAAACACAUUGAUACCGGCAUGGGCUUCGAGCGUUUGGUUUCAAUUCUUCAAGACAAGUCUUCCAACUACGACACUGAUGUUUUCGAGCCCAUUUUCAAAGCCAUCCAGACCGUCACUGGAGUUCGCUCUUACACUGGAUUGCUGGGCGCUGAGGACAAGGAUGGCAUCGACAUGGCCUACAGAGUUAUCGCCGACCACGUCCGCACCUUGACCUUUGCCAUUUCGGAUGGUGGUGUGCCCAGCAAUGAGGGUCGUGGCUACGUCCUCAGACGCAUCCUUCGUCGCGGCUGUCGUUAUGCCCGCAGAAAGUUCAACGUCCAGAUUGGAUCAUUCUUUUCCUCUUUGGUGGAUACGGUCAUUGCCGAAUUCGGCGAUGCUUUCCCAGAGAUCAGAAACCGCGUUGACGAUGUCAAGGAGAUUUUGAAUGAGGAAGAGGAUGCUUUCUCGCGCACUCUGGAUCGCGGCGAGAAGCUGUUCGAUGGAUACCUGCAGAAGGCUAUCGACUCCAAGUCAACUCAUCUCUCGGGAGCCGAUGUCUGGCGCCUGUAUGAUACCUAUGGAUUCCCAGUCGACUUGACCCGCUUGAUGGCCGAGGAGAACGGAGUCUCUGUGGAUGAGGAGGAGUUCGCAAAACAACAGGAGGCUGCCAAGGCUCUUAGCAGAGCUGGCAAAGGCUCUGGCGCUGGCGCUGGAGAGACUGUCGCCUUUGAUGUCCACGAUAUUGCUGCCGUUGAGGCCAAGGGAACUGUUCCCAAGACCGAUGAUUCUUUCAAGUACCAGUCCGGCAACAUCAACGCCCAUAUCAAGUUGAUCUACCGCAACCACGAAUUCCCCAAUGAUACCUCCUCGAUCGAGGAUCAAAAGUCGUUCGGUAUUCUCUUGGACCGCACCAACAUGUACGCUGAGCAGGGAGGACAGGAGUAUGACACUGGCAGCAUCACUGUUGAUGGCAAGGCCGAGUUUGUUGUCGAGAACGUCCAGGUCUAUGGUGGCUAUGUUUUGCACACCGGAUACCUGAAGUACGGAACUUUCCAAGUCGGCGAUGAGGUCGUUGUCCAGUUUGAUGAGCUCCGCCGCUGGCCACUCCGCAAUAACCACACUGGAACCCAUGUCCUCAACUAUGCUCUUCGCGAGAUCCUGGGCAAUGUUGUCGAUCAGAAGGGAUCGUUGGUUGCACCUGAGAAGCUGCGCUUCGAUUUCACAUCCAAGGCCGGCAUGACUCCUCUGCAGAUUCACGAGACUGACUUGAUUGUGAGCGACUUUAUCAAACGCAAUCUGGCUGUGUAUUCCCAGGAAGUGCCCUUGAACAUUGCCAAGCAAAUCUACGGUCUUCGCGCUGUUUUUGGCGAGGUUUAUCCCGAUCCAGUUCGCGUUGUCAGCAUUGGACACGAUGUGAACGAGAUUUUGAAGGAUGUCUCAAACGAGAAGUGGGCCAAGACCAGUAUUGAGUUCUGCGGUGGAACCCAUGUUGCAAAGACCGCGGACAUCAAGCAGUUUGUUAUCAUUGAGGAGACUGGUAUCGCUAAGGGUAUUCGCCGUAUUGUUGCCGUGACCGGAGAGGAGGCCCACCAGGCUGAGAGAGUCGCCAAGGAGUUUGAGCAGAAGCUCAACCAUGUCGGAUCUGGCGUGCUGUCAAGCUCGGCCUUGGAGCAACAGCUCAAGGUUCUUGCCAAGGAGUUGGACGACAUCGUGAUCUCUGCAUACCUCAAGUCUGUUUUCAAGGAGCGCUUUGCUGGUAUCAAGAAGGCAUUUGACGAUGCUGAUAAGGCACGCAAGGCCAAGCAGGUCAAGGACGCUGUUGACCAGUGCAAGCAAUACUUUGAGGCCAGCCCCGAGUCGAAGGUGUUUGUCGCCCUGUUGGACGUUGGAUCGAACGCCAAGGCCACUGGUGCUGUUGUGACGCAUGUCAAGACGCAAUUGAAGGACAAGGCUGCAUACGUGUUCUCGGUGGAUGAAUCAAACGGCAAGGUGUCGCACGCAUGUGUGGUUGGUCAGACGAUCCUGGAUGGUGGACGUUUGAAGGCAACAGAAUGGGCCGAUGUUGUGGUGAAGAUCAUUGGCGGUCGCAAGGGUGGCAAGGAUGACUCUGCCCAGGGCGCAGGCGAACAUGCAGACAAGGUCCAGGAGGCAUUGGACGAGGCCAGGAAGUUUGCCGAGUCGAAGCUGAACUAG